AUGGGCUGCUCCAGCAGCGCCCUCAACAAGGCCGGCGACAGCAGCAGGUUCCCUAGCGUAACUUCAAAUGAGCAUUUUUCACCCGCAGAAGAAAGUGGGUCCUGCUUUGCCCAACCAAAGCCACAUACAUUGGGAAGAGAAUCUACUGUUGAUGGCAAUGUACAAAGGGAAAGCCAUCCUCCCUUACAAAAGCUCAAGGUUUCAGCAGAGCCUACAGCGAAUGGUGUUAAACUCCUCCAAGAGCAGUCCCUGGCCAAGGACGUAGCCCCUGGAAGGAAUGCUGCAGACCAAUCAGGGUCCACAGAAAAGACUCAGCCUGGAGAGGGACUGAAGGAAUCUGGGCCACCUCAGCCAGGUGGCAAAGAGGAUGCCUCAGCAGCAGAAGGAAAGAAGAAAGAUACAGGAGCAGGGACAGAGGCUGAGCCUCUAAAAGGAAAUGCUGAAGCUGAGCCUUUAGGACCAGAAGCCAAGGGUCAGCCUUUGGGGACAGGAGGAGAGAAGGAGUCCCUCAGAGCAGUGGAGGCCACUGAGAAUCCACAAACUGCUGCAGAGAUGAAGCCUCUAGGAACAACUGGGAAUGUUCAGCCUCUGCAAACAGCUGGAGAGCUACAACCUCAGGGCACAAUGGGAAAGGAUGAGCAGGCCCCGCUUCUAGAAGCAAUUUCCAAAGAGAACGAAUCUCCAGAAAUAUUGGAAGGAAGUCAGUUUGUGGAAACAGCUGAAGAGCAGCAACUUCAGGCAACAUUGGGAAAAGAGGAGCAGCCCCAGCUUCUAGAAACAAUUCCUAAAGAGAAUGUAACACCAGAAAUAUUGGACAGAAGUCAGCUUGUGGAAAAGCCUGUUAUGAAUGAUCCACUCCAUAAAACUCCUGAAAGUCCAGGAAACAUGGAGCAGAUUCAAUCUGAAGGAAUAGUUGGAAGCAUGGAACAUCCAGCACGAAAUGUAGAGACAGGAGCAUAUGUGGAAAUGGUCAGGAACAUCCAUACUAAUGAAGAGGACCAACACAUUGAAGGUGAGACAGGGGAAAAGGUGGAAACAGAGAUGGAGAAUGAGAAAGUGAGGGAAGGGGCUGAAACCAAAGAAGAAGAAACAGGAGAAGCGGUGAACCUUUCAACAGCCACAUAGCUAGAAGAGUGAACCCACACAGCGCGUUAUCACAGAGAAGACAAAAAUGGUAGUGAAGCUUGUGGUUAUGUAUCUUAUCUUUCUAUAUUUACAUGUAUUCUGUAAGGAGUGCGGUUAUAGAGAGACUGUUGGAACCACAAGAAGGAUGUUUCCAUGUUCUUGAUUAUAUUGUUCUACAAAACUGCUAAGCCAUGAACAGUUUUCUUAGCUACUUAGAAUGGUUAUACAUUUAAAACGAUAAAAAACAAAGCCAAUAAAAAUUAUGUGAUUAUUUAA